AGAACCUGAUAAGUGAUUGAGGAGUGUCAGUUCAUUAGUAGACAAAAGGGAGACGGACCUCCCCUCCUCGAUAGCGUCCUUUUGGCGAUGAAGCACAAGUGUUUUGAAAUCUUCCACGCCCCCUUUAAGUCAGCUAUUGUUUUUAUCAGAGGAGAAAUGCAUGCAAACAUUUAUUCUACUUAUCCUUUUAUCUAUAAAAUAUCUCGUACAACCAUUAAGUUUAUAUCACUUUAUACGUUUAUGUUGGGAUUCCACCCUCUAAACCUCAUUAGCCGCUCUGUCGAGCGAUUGGAGAAGUCUUAUUUCAUACAAGCUCAUUCUCGUCCACUUUCCCUCCUCGCCGCCUCUCCUGGUUUAACUUGGACCUUUUUUAAAGGACAGAGAGGAUGGAGGAGAGAGGACGCAGGAGGUGAGCAAAUAUAACUCCAGCUAUGGGACACGGCGGGCCAGGAGCGUUUCAGGAAGUCCAUGGUCCAGCAGUACUAUCGGAACGUUCAUGCUGUUCUCUUCAUCUACGACGUCACCAGACCAGACAGCUUCAGAGGCCUGUCAGCCUGGAUAGAGGAGUGUAGACAGUACUCACUGGGACAGGAGAUAACCAGGUUCCUCGUGGGCAACAAGAGCGACCUCCGUGACACCUGCAGCUGUGACCCCCGCUCCAUCAAGGUCGAAGGUCAGGUGACACGGGAUCAGGCCCAGAAGUUUGCAGUUGCCCACGGGAUGAUUCUGUUUGAAACGUCUGCUAAAAGCCUCCCUGGAGGAGGAGGAGGAGGAGAACCAGGAGGGGGGCAUCAGGACAGCGUGGAGGAUGUGUUCAUGGCCCUGGCCUCCAGGCUGAAGAGACAGACCAGACCCCCUCCCCCGGUUCUCAACAACACAGGAGUGUCUGGGUCCCUU